GCGCAGGAGGUGCCCUCUCGAAACGAAACGAGGCUACUCCAUGCCGCGAUCACAAAACUCAAACCCUCCUCUCCUCUCCUCUUCUCGUAUGCCGGCCACCCUCCGCGCCAUCCUCGCGGCCCCGAGCCCUCUCCCCGCGCGCGCGCUCCCCGCAGCCCAGGCCCUCCUCCUCACCUCGGGCCUCGCCGCGGACGCCGCCGUCCUCGCGCAUUUCGCCAGGCACUUCGCCUCCGCGACGCGCGCGCCCGCGGACGCCGUCAAGGCGCUGCUCCGCCUCCGCCCGCGCCCGCUCUGCGCGCACCCGUUCAACGCCCUCAUCUCCCACCUCACCCUCUCCGGCGAUCCCUCCGCCGCGUUCCGUGUCUUCGCGGUCCUCGCCGCUGGAGGCGACGCCGGGCGUCCAGACGGGUACACGCUCCCGGCCGCGCUCAAGGCGUGCGCGCGGCUCGGCGGCGGCCUCCGCGAGGGCCGCCAGGCGCACGCGGUCGCGGCCAGGGGCGGGUUCCUGGGGCGCCUCCCCGUCCGCAACGCGCUGGUCACGCUGUACGGCGCGUGCGGCGUGUGCGGCGACGCCAGGAGGGUGUUCGACGAAAUGGCGGGGCGGGACGUCGUGUCCUGGACCGCGCUGGUGUCCGCGUUCGUCAGGGGAGGGAGGUUCGCCGAGGCACUGGCGGUGUUUGGCGAGAUGGACGUUGCGCCGAACGAGGGGACAUUGGCUAGCACGCUGGUCGCCUGCGGGAGGCUGGGGGCUGUGCACGCUGGGAAGGCUGUGCACGGGCGGUGUCUUAAGAGGGAGAGGGAGCUGGAACUCAUCGUUGGGAAUGCCUUGCUAGAUAUGUAUGUCAAGUGCGAGAAGUUGGAUCUUGCAAGACGGGUGUUCGACAGGCUCUUGGUGAGGGACAUUGUUUCUUGGACGGUCAUGAUAAGUGGUUUGGUGCACUGCAGGCUUCCGAGCGAGGCAUUAGAGCUGUUCAAUGGGAUGCAGACAUCAGGGGUGAAGCCAGAUAAGGUUGUUCUCUCCACUGUCCUCUCAGCUUGUGCGAGCUUAGGCGCGCUGGAGUCUGGGAGGUGGGUGCAUGAAUACAUAGAGCGUAAAGGCAUCGAGUGGGAUGUGCAUGUGGGGACGUCAUUGGUUGAUAUGUACGCAAAGUGUGGGUGCUUGGAAACUUCUCUUUCAAUCUUCCAUAAGAUGCCUGUGAAGAAUGUAUCAUCUUGGAAUGCGCUGAUCAAUGGGUUCACAUUGCAUGGUCAUGGUAGGGAAGCUCUUGUGUACUUUGACAGGAUGGUGACUUCAGGCUUGCCCCCCAAUGAAGUCACCUUUAUAAUCGUCCUUGGUGCUUGCUGCCACACAGGUUUGGUGCAACAAGGCCUCGGGUUGUUUAAUUUGAUGAAAAAUUCGUACAAGCUCUCGCCAUGGGAAGAGCAUUACGGUUGCAUGGUUGAUCUUCUUGGCAGAGCUGGGCUCAUCCAGGAAGCAUAUGGUUUAGUUAAGGUCAUGCCUAUGACGCCUGCUGUGUCCACGUGGGGAGCCCUGCUGAGUGCAUGCCAAGCUCAUGGGCGUGUAGAGUUUUCACAGCAGAUUCUAAGGCAUGUCCAUGAGCUGGAGUCCUCUGGGAGUGGGGUUUAUGUACUCCUCUCAAAUUUGUAUGCUCUGAAUGAUAGAUGGACUGAUGUAAAGAGGGUGAGAGGCCUGUUGAGUGCAAAAGGCUUGUGGAAGGAGCCAGGGUCCAGUUUGAUUGAGGUGAAUGGUAAGACCAGUGAAUUUGUAGUUGGACAGACGGACCAUCAAGAUAUGGAUGCGAUAUGUGCAAUGCUUCUUAUGCUAACGAGGCAAAUACAUUUGGAUGGGCUGUAAUUCUUCAGGCAGAUUCUCAGUUUUCGUUGGAGAUUUGAUCUUAUGCAUUCAGAAAAUAUCUACUAAUUUAGUUGGUCCUAGGGACUGGAUAUCAACUUUAGGUAGUCAUUGCACAUUGUUAGCAUCAUGUGGCUACACCUAUUUCUGUGGGUGAAUGGUGAUCAAAUCUAACCUUGGAAUGGUUACUGCACAUUUAUAUUUCAUUGUUUAUUGCUCUUGUGCUUAUGCAGCUUUUCUGGUGUUAAAAAUCUGAACAGCCAAGUGGAGUACAAAGUUAGCCAGACAUGAUUAACAAUGAAUAUCAACCAUUGUUGGGUGCCUCUUGGAGUAUCUUGCCACUCUUCAGUUCUUGAACAUGAUUGAUGGUAAAUUUCAGCAUCAGAACUCCUGGAUUGGAGGAAUGGACUCUGACCCUUACAAGGCACUGGCACAAACCCGGACUAAUUUGUAAUCAUUUUAUACAAGGUGAGGCAAAAAGUUGCUGAACCUUUUACAUCAGAUUGAGUUGAGACUGGUAGAGUUUCUACCCUGCACAUAACUGAGCCAAGAGCUAUGCAGAAUAUACCAGCCUUGUAAACAUGCCUGUUAUUAGUCUCUGAAGUUAUCCUGAAGCCUAGGAGGUGAAGUGUUCUGAAGGAGCAUGAGACAUCAUUAGUUCUUUGUUCUCCUAUCUUUCACUCAACUUGUUAGUUGAUGAAGGGCAUCUGCUUUUUAACAUGACAGGGACAGUUGUUGGAUAUGUCAUAAUUAUAUAUUCCUCAUUAAAGAAGAAGAUAAAGUGUUGUCCAAGAACACUGCUGCCACAGGGGGUCCAAGAGCAUAAAGUGCGGAGAAGUCUCUUGUAUUGAAAUUUGGUCUCCAUCCUGGUGCAUAUAUUGUUUGCCGGACGGAUUGGCGGAAGAGUACAAAAGCAAAGCGAUGUAUUCCUGCAGUUGGUUUUGGGCUUUCAUAACUGACGACUUCAUUUCCUGUAACAAAAUGCGUGCUAACAUGUUAAAAAAGUGAGUUCAUUCUAGUACAUAAAUUCGAAGAAAUUUCUGCCAUGAAUUGAUGUGAAAGACACGACAAUGUGCUGCUUACUAACCAGGUAUGCUAUUUAGAUGCCUUUUCUUCUAACUUUGCAUCCUAAGCACUUUCUAUAGUUGUCAUCUCGAGUUUUUAUCCCUAAGUAAUCACCGAUGAUGUACUUUUGUUUGAAUAAAAUAAGCUAAAUCUUAAUUUCAACUGUGCUUCUGAACCAGCUCAAUGUACAUUUAUUUUAGAAUCUUAGGCAAGUGUUCAACUCUUUAAAACAUUCAAAUUAGUAAAGGAAAAAGAACGUGAAGAACCCACCGUAACUGGCGUUCGUUGAUUCUGGGAUGUCUGUCACCAACCUGUGGCAUGUAUAUAACCAUAAGAAACACUUUUAACUUUCGAGGUGUUACAUUGUACACAUAGAAAAAUAAUUUAGUCCAGUAACUUCUACUAGUUAUGAGAUGUUCCAGGUCUUACCAGUGAAGGUAUUCUCUUUUUGUUGGGUUGCUUGGACUUGGCGAGUCAGGAUCCACCAUCACCUAAAAUCAAGUUAGGUUGUUAGUUUAGGGAGAAUAAUGUUCUUAUCUUAAGACCAUACUAGUUACCAUGGAAGCAAAAUAUGAUAUUUCUGCAGACAGGUCGAUAUGCACUUUCUGAAAUGUACUUUUGCCUUGUAAUUAAGAAGGUGUGCCCAUCAAGAUACUGGAUGCUAGUCAGGAGGCAGACCUGUUCCUAGUGCAUAAUCGCCAAUUAGGCGGUAUAUUUUGGCUAGGAGGGGCUAGGUGGGAGGGGCCCUAGUGCUUAGGUGGGCUAGGCGGUUGCCUUCUAGAACAGUAUUAAGAAAAUAUCCACUACAAAGAUAUCCAUUAACUUGAUGCUUUUCAGACAAAUUUUAAUUGAAUUAUAAAAAGAAGGCAAUGUUAAAUAACUGUAAGGCUAUUAUUUUGUAAGUUUCAGUGGUAGUAUCGUGACUAGAGCACCUUCAUGACGUAAGCAAAACGUGUAGAUUCAUAAUUGUAAGCAUUUAUUGCCGCAUCUAGUCAUGAUGAUUAAUAUUCUUGUACUUCAUCGAUGAUGUGCAUAAUUUUGAUUCCCAGUCAUCACCGAAUGAAAAGAUGCAGGUAUAUGUGCAGACCCUAUAAAAAGUAAGUAGAAUAGUAUCUCUAUAGGAUUCACAUGAAAUAAAGAAAUGUAAGU